GAUAAUUUAAGCGUUUGAAUUGUGCCUUGCCUGUUUACCAUACUUUUUUCUUUAUUUGCAAGCUUAAUAUCUCUACAGAUCAUGCCCGAACAAAAGAAAUAUACAACCCUUUAUUUUGCUAAAGGGGCUUUAUCAGGAGGAAUUUGUUGUUCCAUAACCCACGGAGCUCUUUGCCCUGUAGAUGUCAUAAAAACCAGAAUUCAACUCCAUCCCGGAAUUUAUGACGGUCUUUAUGAUGGUUUCAAGAAAAUAAUAAAAACAAAUGGGAUAAAAGAUUUAGCUACUGGCCUGGGCCCCACAGCCUUUGGAUAUUUUAUGCAAGGAUGUUUUAAAUUUGGAGGUAUAGAAUUUUUCAAAGUCAAAAUGGCCCAAAGUCUAGGAGUUGACAAAGCGUGGGAAUACAGGGUACCCAUAUACCUCUCGGCCUCUGCUUGCGCUGAAUUUAUUGCCGAUAUAUUUUUGUGUCCCAUGGAAACAGCUCGUAUUCGCCAGGUGUCCAAUCCGGAGUAUGCUUCCGGCGUCGCUAAUGCCUUUAUAAAAAUUCUUAGAGAAGAAGGACUCAUUCGAGGCUUUUAUUCUGGGUUCUAUCCUCUUCUUCUUAAGCAAAUCCCCUACACGAUGGCAAAAUUCACCGUUCAAGGAUUGGCUGCUGAGCAAAUUGUGCUCGCCAUUGGCACGAAGCCGUCCGAUAUGACCGAAGGAGGGAAGAUGGCGCUUGCACUCUCGUCUGGGGUCUUGGCAGGCGUAGCGGCUGCUAUCAUAUCCCAUCCGGCCGACACUCUUCUCUCGCUCAUUAACAAAGACAAAGGCGCCGGCGGAGAGGGAUCGAUCAACACUCGCUUGGUUCGAAUAGCACGUGACAUUGGCUUUAAAAAGCUUUGCAUCACGGGAUUGGGGCCUCGUUGUGUUAUGUUUGGCGCUCUGACAGCAGCGCAGUUUGCUAUAUUCGAUACUGUCAUGUCCUUAACUGGAGCUGAAAAAUUUAACUUUGUAGAGCCCCAAACUUUGAAAAAAGUGUAA